GACCAGGGACCUGGUAGGUGUUGUUGCCGCUGUAGUCCAUCGCUGAGGUUGUCUCAGAGACCAAGUGUGUUUCGCCACGGUGUUGCAUCGUUGCCAUGGGGAAACAGAACAGCAAGCUGCGCCCAGAGAUGCUUCAGGACCUGAGAGAGAACACGGAGUUCUCCGACCACGAACUACAGGAGUGGUACAAGGGCUUUCUGAAAGACUGUCCCAGCGGCAACCUGAACGUGGAGGAGUUCAAGAAGAUCUACGCCAACUUCUUCCCGUACGGAGAUGCCUCCAAGUUCGCCGAGCACGUCUUCCGAACGUUCGACACCAACAACGACGGAACCAUCGACUUCCGGGAGUUCAUCAUCGCGCUGAGUGUCACGUCACGGGGAAAGCUGGAGCAGAAACUGAAGUGGGCCUUCAGCAUGUAUGACCUGGAUGGGAAUGGGUACAUCAGCCGUGAUGAGAUGUUGGAGAUCGUACAGGCCAUUUAUAAGAUGGUGUCAUCUGUGAUGAAGAUGCCGGAGGAUGAGGCCACGCCGGAGAAGAGAACAGACAAUUUCAGACAGAUGGACCUCAAUAAUGAUGGUAAACUGUCACUGGAAGAGUUCAUUAAAGGUGCCAAAAGUGAUCCCUCUAUCGUGCGGCUACUCCAGUGUGACCCCAGCUCCGCCUCCCAGUUCUAACCCCGCCCACCUGGCCUGCCACGCCCACCCUGAUUGCUAUGGAAAUAGUAACUCCAAUUAGUUUAUGAUGGUUCUCAUCACUCAUAUAUUUUUGGUGUACAAGAUGGAGGAAGAGUUUUAAAAGGAGAUAAAGCAAAAAUCAUGAUCAUUUUACUUAACCUUUUUUUUUUUUAAA